AUGGAGCGGAAAGAAGCGGGAGCUUGGGCUCGUGGGCUUCAGCGAGCCUUGAUUGAGCCUGCUGCUGCCUCCGUGCGGCCGGUCCAAAUGAUUAACGGAGGGUGGGACGGGCCGACGACAACCAGUGGGCCUGACGAGGCAUCGCAGAAAGCCGUGACCCUGAUUCGUGAGGACACGUCAUCGCGGCCACGCAGGCAGAGAGGAAACGGAAAAGAAAAAGAACCCGGACCCACCAAAACAGUUUUCCUUCCCUUCGACCGAGUGGACCCACCGCCACAAAAGGGAGGGCAGGGAGGAAGGAACCCGCACCGCGGACAGCAGGCGCAGGCAGAGACUCCCGACGCGUCUCCGGCGGCCGCCUCCCUCCCUCUCCGCCCGCCGCGCCUCCGUCGGCUCACCCAAAUCAAUAGAUACUUCUCCAACCCACAGUAUUACUUCCAUGUGAAUGAUCAAUAUGUCCGGAACAAGUUGAAAAUUAUACUGUUUCCAUUCUUUCACAGGGGGCACUGGACCCGAAUAAGUGAGCCAGUUGGUGGCCGUUUGUCCUACAAACCUCCAAUCUAUGACAUAAAUGCGCCAGAUCUGUACAUCCCUUUCAUGGCAUUUGGAAGCUUCAUCAUUCUUUCAGGGUUUACACUAGGUUUCAUGGGAAAGUUUACUCCAGAAGCUAUAAAUCUGCAGUUUACAAGGGCACUCAUCGGAUGGGGCUUCCAGCUCAUGCUCCUGAAAGGUCUGCUCUACUCAAUGGGUGGGGGUGAGGUGCCACUGCUCGACUUGGUAGCAUAUGGCGGCUAUUUAUUUGCUGGGCUUUCACUCGCUGUCGUUGCAAGGCUCGUAUGGGCAUACUCGUACUAUGUCAUGAUGCCGUGGAUGAGCCUGUGCAUGGGAGUGUUCCUGGUGAGGACGAUGAAGAGGGUGCUCUUCACGGAGAUGAGAAGCAGCGAGAGGCACUCGUCGCGACAGCAUUACUUCCUUCUCUUCAUGGCAAUAGCACAGUUCCCCCUAUUCUUCUGGCUUGGCAGCAUAGGUGCAUGA